AUGUCGGCUGCACACACCAGGUCUGCAGAUGUCGUCGCCGGCAAAUCAUUCGUGACUUGCUCAAACGGCAGUAAUAUCUUCACGAAGGUCUGGGGCCAGCCAUCUUCAGAUCGGAAGGCGCUCGCGCUCCACGGGUACCUCGACAAUUCAGGGUCCUUCGACCUGCUGGGCCCUGCUCUCGCCAAGGAGGGCUUCGAGGUUGUGGCGAUCGAUUUUCCAGGUCACGGUCGGUCGGACCACAUGAGCAAGGACGCCUGGUACCCGAUCCUGGACUACCCUGAGUAUGUCAUCGAGGCCGCGAGAUCACUGGGGUGGGAAAAGUUUUCCAUGGUGGGGCACUCGAUGGGGGGAGCGGUGGCGUCGCUGGUAGCGGCGAGCUUUCCCGAGAUGGUGGAGCGGUGCGUCUUUCUCGACAUCCUCGGCCCGUUCGCCUCCAGAACCGGAACAUCCCCCAAGCUCCUGCGCGCGAGCGUCGCUUCCCGGAGGGCGCUGGUCGACAAGGAGCCCAAGGUGUACAAGUCCUUCGACGAGGCGGUCCGAACCAGGCUCAAGGCUGUGACCAUGUGGGGAGAGGGGCAGACAAUGAGCUGGAAUGGCGCGGUCCGUUUGGUGGCGGGAGCAACGAAACCGGGAGAAGGGGGCGACCAGGUCCAGUUCACGAACGAUGUCAGGUCGUAG